CAGUGUGUAUGCCUUGCAUAACACACUCCGUACCUCUUGUACGCAAGGGCUUCAUGUGAGACAGCCCAGACAAGGGGACUUCCUUUCUACUCACUCCUCCAGGGCCACUGCAGAAGGGAGAGGAGAAGAGACCAGGGGGUACAGGAGGACAGGACGGGAGAGCAGGGGACAUGGAGGUGAAGAUAUGACGAGAGGAUUGUGGAUCUGACUUUGUGUCUGUGUUAAACCUGGACAAAGGAUGGCUGGUGAGGAAUAGGUUGCCUUGCACGCACAUACUACGCCGUGCAAGAAGGCGGGAGAGAAAGAGAGAGAGAGAGAGAGAGAGAGAGAGAGAGGGCUGUUGUCUCCAUGAUCCAGAGGCACAGACUGCAGUGAGGUACGGCAGUAAGGCAGAGCAUUCCAGAUGAUUCCACAUGAAGACUUCAGUAACAGCAAGAGGAUCCAGUGACUGAAUCUGAUUUGUAUCUGAACACAAGAUAUAAAAAAAAGAAUCAUUUAUAAACAAUGGACUUCAUGUGCAACUGAAAACAAGUGCAAACCUAUCUAGUGUAAAAGCACAUUAGAGUCAAAGAGUGAAAUAUCAUGAAGUCCAAUCAGGAGCGUAGUAAUGAGUGCCUGCCUCCGAAGAAGAGAGAGAUCCUGGCACUUGAGGAGCGGCAGGUGCUGGUAGCAUCAACUGUGAACGAGAGCCAUAGUGGUGAGAACUUGGCAUGGCUUGCUAGUGUAGCCAGUAUGGCCAGUAUGGCUACUGUUCCCAACCUAGUUUCAUCACAGAGUCACAGUUCUGAAACUAGCAGCCCGACCCCAUCAAGCAAAGCCCUAACUAUAGUCACGGAGUACCCGCUUUCCACCUCUGCCUCCAACAGCUCUUUGUCAUCAUAUACAAACUCCAUAGGUUUCUCUGGAACAACCACAAUAACAGCCAAUCCAGCCGUCCUCUCCUCCAACCUUCCUCAAGCAGCAGGACCCAUUCAGUCCACUCAGCUACCACAUAACUUACAGAUCAUUGGACCUUACACCAGUUAUAUCUCCUCUCAGAUAGUGUCAGCUGCAGCAAGUACAACUCAACCACGCAGACCCACCCAGGAGGUUUACGCUGCCACAGCUGUCAUCCCACAGGCUUCUAAUGGAAACCCACAAAAGCAGCAUGUAAUCUCAUCCUUACCGAAUGUAGCUCACCCCACCAGCCAGUGCAUUCAGGUAGAGGGCACUCCAGUCGGCUUGCCAGUAAUUUCCCCAACUUCCCAAGUACCCCUUCAACUUCACACUCAUUCAACUGUUCUUGCCCCACAUGGCUUGACUCUUGCUCCCCCUCAGGUGCUUGUGCAUUAUGCUGAUGGUCUUAUCACAAAACAAGCUGAUUCCCACAUCAAGGAUCUGCAGAACGGUCCUCUUGGAGAGGUCACAGUGGUCAAACACACCACCAGCAUUAUGAAGGGAAUGGCUAACAAACCAGAAAGUGAUGAUGUCCAAAGGCAAAUCCAAAACUUGAGUCUCCCAGCCCAAACUCAGGUCUUACUUCCCGCUGACUAUGCUCCUCAUGACAGUGCAGGACUUCAGACAUCGGUCAUGCUGGUGUCAAGCAACCACCUGAUGGCCAAUAACAGCACUGAGCUUCAGAGCACCCAGGACAAAGAACACACAUCUCUGGCUCGGGUUGAGAGAACAAGACUCUCUGUGGGGAAACCAGUCUCGAGAGUUUCCUCCCUUUCUCUCUCGUCAUCAGACAGCAUGGGAGCAUCUCUUGGUCCAACUCUCUCCCCUCACACUCUCCUGCAUGCAUCUCCAUCCGCCACGACCCAGGAGCUUUCUACAAACCUUUUCUCAAGCACACAGCUGCCUAUUAUUGGAUACAUUACUAGUACAUCUGGGGCACCCCAACAGGCUGUGGCCAGUUACCAUAGCAACCUCCCACAGCAUCUAGUAAUCUCAGGCAGUCCCUCCCUCCUUAUUCCUGUAAGUACUGGCAACAUUAACACGUCAUCUACUGAGUCAGAAGUUUCUCGUUGCUCCAUCCCUGCCAUUUCGGCUACCAGUGUACCGACAGUAGCUACAGGUCUGCCUCAGGCCUACAUAACUGCAGCCACACCUACUGUUACAACCUCGAUCCUCCCUAAUGGCAAAGAGAUCACAGGCCCAGAGGAACAUCAUGCUGCGUCGGGUGUACCGAGCUCCACCCAGGUGCAGCUUCCCCUGCUUUCAGCAGGGGUUGUAGCAACACCAGCCCCUGUGCUCCCUUCAACACCCACAAGUCCACAGAAUGCACCUCUCUCCCCAUCGUCAACCUUGCCUCCAUACUUCAUGAAGGGCUCCAUCAUCCAGUUGGCAGAUGGAGAGCUCAAGCGGGUGGAGGACCUGAGGACGGAGGACUUUCUACAGAGUGCGGAAGUGAGCAGAGAACUAAAAAUUGACUCAAGCACAGUUGAACGAAUAGAUUCCAGCAAAACUCCUGAUGCAGUCAUUAUACAGUUUUCAGUCGGGGAACACAAAGCACAGGUAUGUGUGGAAGUGCUGGUCGAGUACCCUUUCUUCGUGUUUGGUCAGGGAUGGUCAUCCUGCUGCCCAGACCGCACUACCCAGUUACUGGCUCUGUCGUGUGCCAAACUCUCUGUCGGUGAUGUCUGCAUCUCGCUCACCCUAAAGAGCCUCAGGAAUGGUGCAUUAAGAAAAGACCAAACCUGUGGUCCUGUGAAGAACCAUAAUAACACCCAUCAUAAAGCAACCAAGCUCAGUGCGGGGCCUGGAGACUCACAGGCUCGGAGGGAGGAUCAGAUGGAUGGGAACAUUUUUGUAGUGGAAGGGAAACAAAAGUUUGAAGGUCAUGAGAUUAAGAGUCCGGACUCUGGUAAUGGUGUGAUCAUAGCAAAGAAUGAAGAAGGGAAAGCUCAUGGUGCAGGAAGUCGCAAGAGGAGGUGGUCUGCCCCGGAGAGAGGAGAGAUAGAUAGGGCACAGGAGAAUGACCAGCCCGAAACUCUGCCUAAACUUUCCUUCCUCUCGCAGGAGGUAAAGGUCAGCAUCGAGGGAAGGUCCAGUAUGGGCACCUGAGGUAUCUUGUGAGCCAUUAAAAAAAAAGGAGACUUUUGUUAUUCGAGGAAAAUAAUCUUCUAAACCAAGGAUUGUUGUGGUUUGUUCAGUUACUUGUGGUGUUGGCUGGUGAUGACGUUUCCAAAACCAUAUGUAUUCUUCACUGGGCAAGCGAAAUGCAGCAGUACAAGAAUAACAAGUUUAUUACGGUUAUCUUCCCAUGGCUUAUUUUAGUUACCGUAACAGGAGCUACUUUUUGUCUGACAGUAUUUACAGGAUAUGUUUUUGUAAUAAAACAAUACAAAUAAUUCCUGGCAUUUGUCCUGGGGCAUACAUAUAAUAAAUAUGAGGGGUACCUAUUUUUCUAGUUAAUCCUGCCAUGUAUUUGUUUUUGGCACUUUGUCUAUGUUCAUGUAAAUUGUAGCACAAUUGUAUUUCAGUCAUAACCAGUGAGUCAAACACAUAUAAACCUGUAGGCUGGAGAAACUGGUCAAAAGUUCGACUUGCUGUGAGAACGUUACCCCCUAAAUGUAGUUAAACAAUCACACAUUACGAUCUGCUGUACGCCUUAUAUAGAUAAUCUAUGUCAGUUGUGAUUAAAAAAAAAAAGCUCUAUGAUUUGAAUGAAAAUCUACCGUAUAAAAGGGAGAUACAAAUUUAUAAAUGAACAAUAUCUGUUUGUGAUUGAGCAGCAGCGAUUAGUCCUGGGUGUGAUUUUGAGAUAUUCUGUUUCAGAUGAGUGAAUUUUGUUAACCAAACGUGUUCCAAUUAUGGGGACAAAACUGGACUGUAACACUGAAUGUUAAGGAUUAUACAUAUUUUUACCAAUAUUUUAAUUACGUAAAUACACCAGAAUUUUAAUUAGUCAAAUCCUUCUAGAUAUGCAAUAUUAUGAUUAUUCACAUACCUCAAACAUGACACAAGGCUGUUUCAGGUUCUGAUCAGGAUCUGGGAUCUUUAAAACCACGUCCAAAACCCAUGUCCAUGUUCAUUGUUCAUGUUCAUACAGUGAAUAUGUGCAGGUGAAUUCUCACUCAGCCUUUCAAUAUUAGCACUUUACUGAAGGCAAUGGAUGAUUAAAACCCUCACCUCUGCUUUGUUGCCUAAGCAACAGCCAUUUGCACAAUGUCAAUUUUAGCAUAAUGUUAGCUGUCCUGUAUGUUCUAACCCCGUUUCAAACAAAUUACAACCGUCACAUUGAUGCAUUUGAAAUCCAGUUGGAGUCUGCAAAAGCGUUGUGUUAUUAAAAUUCUUGUGGGGCUGCAAUUUAACCAACUGGAUUUCUGUGUACAAAAUUUUCAUACACUAGUGUAAUAUAUUGUGUAUAUAUAUAAUGUACAAUAUAUUCUGUUCUGGAAUAUAUUGAUAACAUAUAACAAUAUAUUCCGUCUCCACAGGGGUUGGUUGUGUGCGUCACUCUCUUUAGGGGCUCCUGGGUAACACUUUACUGUAAGAUCCAUAAAUAGGCACGCUCAGUGUGUUACGGCUCUGAGUUACUGAUCGGAAGGUCGGUGGUUCGAGCACUCUGUUCCGUUAGGUUGCCGCUGUUGGGCUCUUGAGCACGGCCCUUAACCCUGUCUGCUCCAGGGGGCGCCAUAAAAAUGUCUGACCAUGCGCAUUGACCUCGGCCUACUAUAACAAAGCUGGUUCAUGUUUAAGAAUUUCCUGUUUUAUUUUUUCAUAACGAAAUACAGUACGCUGUCAAGACUUAGCUAAGUGUGCACAAUGCACAACACACUCAAUUCUACUGGCUGUUGAGUACGAGAGAGCCCUACUAUAAGUAACAAAGCUAUACUUUGUAUAACAGUAAUUCAAUUCUUUGCUAUUUGCACAAGUAGAAAUAUUAAAGUAGGUUUACAGAUUGUCUGUCUUUGAAUUAUCUUUGUUAUUUGUCUUUAUUUGCUUUAAAUAAGUUGAUCUUUAUCAUUAAUUAUGGUUUGGAAAUUCCUCCAUAAGGGUGUGUGAGUAAACCAAAAUGGUAUCCAUGUGUGUGUCAGUGUGUCAGUGUGUGUGUGUGUGUUUUAAUGGAUUCUAAGAGAGAACGUUUUGGGGGGAGGAAUGCAUGAUUGCACAUUUCGGGUAGAGUUUACGCACUUUCUAAAAUUUGUGUGUGUGUGUGUGUGUCUGAAAGAGAGAGAAAGAGAGAGCACAUAGAAAAUGUAUAUGGGAGAGAUGGUCAUGUAUAGUUUAAGUGUCUUAUAGGUAUGAAAUUAGCAUUAUAAACACAUUCCCAGCCCAUGGAACAUACAGUAAGUUCAGUUUUCAUUGUUACUGCAGUUAAACGAUUGGUGCUAUGACAUUAGAAUAGAAGCCAGCUACAUCGAAGUCUGUCUCCAGUCUCUUUUAUUCAAUGUCUUCUCUCUCUUCUGUUCAAUGCAAAGUCUAAAUAUUUUGAAUGUUAAUUGUGUGGAUCGUAUCUAAUAGUCUAAGUCAACGAAACAUAUCCUGGUCUCAGUGUACUUCUGUAAAUGCUUGUAAAACUAACAAUAUUUACUAUUUUAAUCUGUCCGACAGCAAUUCAGUGCACACCCACAGGGCAUGCAACUUUAAUACCAACAUGGAGCUUGUUUGAAUUUUUUUUUUUGUAACCGUUUCAAAGGAUAUAUUUGUGUAUAAUACUGUAUCUGUCUGUAAUUCCUUAUUUGUAAAGCUUGCAUGAAAAGCCUUGACAAUGAAACAGUAUCGUUAAUCAUCCUGCAAACUCCAAAAGCAUUUCAGCAGUGAUUUAACAUUCCAUACAUGCCAUUUAUUCAACAAACAUAUGGGCAGAGAGAAUUAAUUUGGACAAAAAACCUUAAAAAAUGAUGCGCUGAAUUCUAAGCAAGGGAGACGACAAAUCGACAUUCUUCAGGCUCAGGAGAAGAGACUGGUGCGGUGACUUAAUGCCAUAUUUACAUUACCGUCCAUUCAGAUACUGAAACGUCCACUUUUGCCUUUCUGACAGGAACCGGUGUCCAUGUUACCUAUUCUGAAGGACUCAGUGUUGUAUAUGUGAAAGAUACGUGGAAAAGCGUUUUGUUUUUAUAAUCAGACACACAAAGACAUUUCUCUUGGGUUUAGUUUGCAAUGAUUGCAAUGACCAGGAAAAGCCUCAAGCAAUAGCACCAUGUCACACUAAGGGCAGGACACGAAACUGUCCAUUAGACUUCUGGACUCUUAGACAGCUGUGCAAGUCAUCACCAGGACAUGGCUCUCUUCCUGCCUUCACCAGAGCACUCAGUGGUUCAGUCAGACUUACUCACUAUCACCUCCUGCUGGACAAAACAUCCUUUGGGCAACUGUUCUACAGUAUCUUUGUACUAUCUCUAUUUAUUCAUUUUCCUACCAAUCCAUUGAUUUUAUCGGAUUUUGACUACAGCAGUUUAAGUGCGGAGGGUAGAUUCCUUCGGUUCACUGUGUAAAACCUUAAAAUGUAAAAAAAAAAAAAAGAAA